AUGAAGAUCCUCUUCCUCUGUACGGCGCACAACUCGCUCUCGCAGCGGCUGUUCCUCGUUCUAUCGCGGAAGCAUUCCAUCACCGUUGAAUAUGCCUUGUGUGCAGAGAAGAUGAUUGAGGCAGCCGAUUUGGCCAAGCCACAUCUCAUCAUCUGCCCCUUCCUCACGUCUCUGGUGCCGCAGCAAAUCUACGAGACGUAUCUGACCCUCAUUGUACACCCCGGGCCUCCAGGGGAUGCCGGGCCUAGUGCCCUCGACUGGAUGCUGAUGGGUGACGACGGCACCGUGGCAGACAGUCAACAAUUACUGCGCGAAAACCGCUUCAACCCCGUAGGAAGAAGUCACUGGGGCGUCACGGUUCUGCAAGCCAUUGCCGAGUUUGAUAAAGGCCCCGUGUGGGCCUUUGAUCAGUUCCCCGUCAACAUCAAUGACACCAGCGUAACCAAGUCGAGUCUGUAUAGGGGCCCGGUGACACAGGCUGCCGUUGCUGCAACGCUGGCUGCCAUUGAUAGAAUCGAGGCCGCCGCGUCUUUGGCACCUACCCCCGUUGGAGCGCCUCUGUCGCCUCCCACAACUCCGAGGCCCGAUGGCACCGGCUCGAGCGUGUCGAGAAACACCUCCCCCAGCCUCUCUGCAGACAAGGAGUUUGCACAACUGUCAGUCACCACGUCGGAGCCGUUUCUCGGCGGCAAAACACAUCACAGGCCGCUCCUCAAGGCAUCAGACAGGCAGUUUGACGUCAGAAAGCACACCGCCUCGGCGAUAUCUCGAAGGAUCCGCAGUGCCGACUCCCAGCCCGGCUGUCUGAGUGACCUGUUUGGCCCCAAGCUGUAUCUGUACGGCGGCAUCAUCGAGAACCCGACCCUGCUCUCCUCCAACAGAGGCCAUAUUGCACCGGGCAGCAUCAUUGCCGUCCGGGACGAGGCGGUCUGCGUUGCCACCUGUGACAACAAGGGCAUCUGGAUCACACACGUGAGACGAGUCAAGGCCAAGACGGACGCUGCAUUGUGGCCAAAGGUUCCUGCCACGUCGGGCCUCGAGCAGCUUGGUAUUUCUACCGGCAGCCCGUCGACCUGGUUCCAUUCGCUGCUCCCCCAGACACAGCCGGAGGAGUGGGCAAGGUCGUACCACGACACCUUCCAGGAGACUUGGGUACACUUGGUAACCGACGGCCACAAGCAAAUUGCCUACUUGUACUUUGAGUUUUACAACGGCGCCAUGAGCACAGAACAGUGCAGGCGCAUGGUCCGGUGCCUCGAGUACAUCCUAUCCACGACCGACGGCCCGAACCAGAGCCUGCCCCUGGCGGCCGUGGUGCUCAUGGGCGGCAGCUCGUACUUCAGCAACGGCAUCCAUCUCAACGUCAUCGAGUCGGCGGCCGACCCUGCGCUGGAGUCGUGGUACAACAUCAACGCCAUCAACGACAUUGUCGAGAAGCUCCUCCUGGACCUGCCCGCCCGUGGCGUCACCACAAUCUCGGCCAUCAGGGGCAACUGCGCCGCUGGCGGCGUCGCGCUGGCGGCGGCCUGCGAUGUCGUCGUGGCGGGAGAGCACGUCGUGUUGAAUCCAGCGUACAGGGCGCUGGGGUUGAACGGAUCUGAACUCCACAGCGUCAGCUAUCUCGGACGCUGCGGCGCCGAGGGAGCCAAGGCGGCUCUGCGUUCCAUGACGCCACUGAGCGCAGACGACGCCCGGGGCAUGGGUCUCGUCGACCACGUCCUGCGCGUGGCCCCCGACGCCCUCGACGCCGCUGUGCGAGCCCACGUCGAGGGCUUGUUCCCUCCCGGCAAGAAGCGUGGCCUGGCGCCGUCGGCCAAGGCCGGCGCUUGGAAGCGCAACGUGGACACGUCUCCAGCGGGCUUGGCCCUCGCCCGCGCGGCUGAGCUGGGCCAGAUGUCGAUGGACUUUUGGAGUGCCCGGUCCGAGAGAUACCACUCUCGCCGGAGGGACUUUGUGCGCAAGGUGAAGCCGUCGUCGACGCCGCUGCGGUUUGCGACGCACCGAAGGGAGAAGGGCAUGAUGGAUGAAGAGGAACGGGACACGUUUGACUCGGUCGAGUGGUUUGUGGAGAAGUCCAUGUGCAGUCUGAAGAGGGAUAUUUCAGACAGAAUGGUGCAGUUGAUAAAGGACUUUUCCAGAAGUGGUGAUAAUUUCGAGAGAAGCAACAUCCGGAAUGACGACGCGAAGGUUGCGGCCAGCACGAGCACGACGCUGUUUGGCUGCUAUUAUAAUCCCUAA